AUGCCGAUCCACGCCCUAAACUGCACUCUCCCACCUCUCGUGCGUGUCCACCGCGCCUUCUUCGCCUGGGCAUCCCAGCUAAAGCAAGGGCAGGGAGUGUCUGCCCACGCGAAGGUUUUCGCUCAAGAAGAGCUCGACGGCGCGCAUGAGGCUGCAGUCACCAAGGCAUGGCUCAGCAAUCGCGCCGGCAAGGACCUGCGCGCGAAGUGGAAAGCGCUAAUGCCAGAAGAGAGAGAGAGCUUCUUGCAGAGCACUGCUGACGACACGUUCCUUCUGGAAGAAGCGCCCAACGGGGUGCUAGACGAGCGCCAAGAUGGCGCUCGUUACCCACAUCGAGCCCGCGCUGCUAUCACUUCGACUGACUCGCGCGUUGGUAGAACCUGCGACGCCCCAGUUCAAGCGCCCGAGUCGGCGGCCGACCAGGCUCUGGCCAAGCUUCUACGACAGCGCAAUCAGCUCUGUGGCUCUGUGGCGCGAGCCGCGAUGUCGGCAGAGCUGGCUGCUAUGGCGAUGGCUGUUCGGAAGCGUGAUGCCGAUGGUGUUGCUGAGUCUGCUGCCGCGGUUAUUGAGUGCUUGGGGGCGCAAGUGGCUGGCAGCUUCUCGGCAGGAGCACGAGACAAAUUACUCGUGUUGAUGUGGGAUACGGCGGCUCAUGUAUCUGCCACGAGAUCGUAUAAUUUGUUGCAUAGUGACUCUGAAGCGAUGGAAGCUCAUGAAAUGACACGAGACUCGGCUCGAGAGGCCGUCGCAACGUGGCGCGACUUUACAACCGACAACAGCGGCGUCAACCCAAGAUUUAAGGAGGCUGUGGACAACCAAGUGCCGUUCAAUCCCCGAUAUGCUAGGUAUUGGGGAUCCCUCGCUUGGCAGAGCCAGCUGUACUCGGGUGGCAACGCUGUGCCGCAGAGCCUGAGCUGGAUAAAGAAGCUGCCUCCUCGCUGCAUUCUGCAUCUGAGCCAGACCUGCCGGUCCCGGUCCCAAAUUCUGACGGAGCGAUAG